AUGGCUAAAUCAAUCCGUGCCAAGUGCAAGCGAAAAAAUCGUUCUGAGUUCCGAAGGACUCUCGGCGAGGCCGCCUACCAAAAGCAACAAGCUAAAGUUCAAGAGAAAAUGAAGGAUUGUAUUGAGAAGAACUCGAUGCAGUCCUAUGAGCGUCUUUCCAAUCUAUUGCAGCCAAAUGCGGAUGAGGAGGUACAAGUGAUGGAAACCAAUUUGGGAAUUGACGCCGAGCCGGCGACCGUUGAUUUGAAGGGAGAAAACAAAGCACCAGUGAAGACAAGAGGAAAGAGAAGAAAGCAUACCCUAAGGACCAAAAAGCGCUCUGUCGAUAAGGAACAAAAGCCAGCAGAAAAGAGACGACCAAAGUUCUUUGUUCAAUUCUAG